AUGGCCGAAUCGUAUCCAACCCUCACGCAGUGUGCCCUCGUCGCCGGCGCACUCAAAGUCCUCCUCUUCCCGGCCUACAAAUCCACCGAUUUCGAAGUCCACCGCAACUGGCUCGCCAUCACCAACAGCCUCCCGAUAUCAGAAUGGUACUACGAGAAGACGUCAGAAUGGACCCUCGACUACCCUCCCUUCUUCGCCUACUUUGAGUGGGCCAUGUCCCAGGUCGCCAAGCUCGUCGACCCGGCCAUGCUCAAGCUCUACAACCUGGAAUACGAUAGCUGGCAGACGGUCUACUUCCAGCGAUGGACCGUCAUCAUUUCUGAGCUGGUGCUCGUUUACGCGCUGCAGCGGUUCAUCGACUCUGCCACCGGUCCCACGAGACGGGCUGCCCAAGCUGCCGCCAUCUCCAUCCUGUUGUCGCCCGGCCUCCUCAUCAUUGACCACAUUCACUUCCAGUACAACGGUGCCAUGUACGGAGUGCUCAUCCUGUCACUCGUGCUGGCCCGGUCCAAGUCGGGCUUGCUGGGCAGCGGAUUGGUCUUUGCCGCGUUGUUGUGCAUGAAGCACAUCUACCUGUACCUGGCGCCAGCCUACUUUGUCUUCUUGCUGCGCGCAUACUGCCUCUCGCCCAAGUCCAUCUUUAAGAUUCAAUUCUUCAACUGCGUCAAGCUGGGCGGCGGCAUUGCGGCCAUCUUUGCUGCUGCCUUUGGCCCGUUUGCCGCACUGGAACAAAUCCCCCAGAUGAUGAGCCGACUGUUUCCCUUCUCGCGCGGCCUCUGCCACGCCUACUGGGCUCCCAACAUCUGGGCGCUCUACUCGUUUGCCGAUCGCGUUCUCAUCUAUGCCGCACCCCGCCUCAACCUGCCAGUCAAGGCCGAAGCAAUCAACAGCGUCACCAGAGGACUCGUCGGAGACACGGCCUUCGCCGUCUUGCCAGAGAUCACCCCGCGGACCUGCUUCGCUCUGACGCUCUUCUUUCAGGUGCUGCCAUUGAUCAAGCUCUUCUUCCAAGCGCCUCCCACAUGGGAUGCCUUCAUCGGGGCGGUAACGCUCUGCGGCUAUGCCUCGUUCCUUUUUGGAUGGCAUGUGCAUGAAAAGGCCAUUCUCUUGGUCAUCAUUCCCUUCAGCCUCAUCGCUCUCAAGGACCGUCGUUACCUUGGCGCGUUCCGGCCGCUGGCGGUUGCCGGCCACGUAUCCCUCUUUCCCCUGCUCUUCACCUCGGCCGAGUUUCCAAUUAAGACGGUGUACACCAUUUUCUGGCUGGUUUUGUUCCUCAUGGUAUUUGACCGCUUGGCCCCGGCUUCGCGCAAGGCGAGGUUUUUCUUGCUGGACCGGUUCAGCACGUUGUACAUUGCCGUUCUCUUCAAGCGUAAACCGGUGCAGUUCUUGGCUCCCAAGGACGUCAAGGAUGAUAAUUCAGAGGUCUGGCAUAUCCCACAGACCGGCGAGGUCUUUGCCCAAUAUGAGGAUUAUCUUACCAGAAUGGAUUUCUACAAACAGCGGCGCUUCAUCUGCCAGAUCACAGGGCACUCCGGCCUGACUUUUUUCGAAGCACUCAAGAGCGAACUCGCCGGUGCCGAGGAGGUGGAGCAAGCCUUUCCCGAAGCUCUCAAGGGCCCCGUCCUGCGUCGCGUCCAAUUCCAAACGGUGUCCCGAAUCGAUGCGCUUGUCGACUUGGUGUUUGACGAGUUCAGAGCCGACUACUACCCGGGCGAGGCCGUGACCGUCAGCACGGCCGAGAGCGAGAGAUUGCAGGGCGUCGUGCGAGAAAAGACCCGGUUCGGCGGCAAGAUUUUGCCAGACGGCACCCAGACCGCCCCUUACACACGCUAUACGGUCAGCUUGGAGGAACGCCCCGGUAUCGAGGCCGUGGUCGACGACGACCACAUUUUCCGCGAUCGCAAAAUAUUCACAAAGUCGGUUCUGCGCUCCUUUAUCAAGAAGACGGUAACGCGCGAGGCAUGGAACGGAGCGCCGUGGCUCGUGAAGCACGAUGUGGCGGCACAGUACCACAUUGAUUCCCGGGUCCCGCCUCACCUACGCUACGAUACCAAGUUGAUGGAGAGGAAGCAGCUGCAGGCCCAGAAGCGCGCCAGCCAGACGCCGACGCAGGACGGUAACGGCACCAACGGUGUCAAUGGCGCCAUCCAGAACGGCCCUGCGCGGCUGCCCGAGCUGAAGCCCGCAUUCAAGAGCCAAAAGGGCAAGCAUCAAUCGCCAGAGUUCCCCCAAGGCCAGAACGGCUCGCCAAACAUGGCGUCCGAGGCCGGCAUCUUCCACGCCCCGCCGCACAAGAACCCCUUCCAGCUGCCGCUCAACUUCCGGAAUCAACCGCUACCGCACUCCAUGACUGCGCCCGAGCCACCGCCGCCGCCCCCACCGCCAAAGUACCCCAUUGAGGAUCUCCAGGUGCCCCUGAGAGAGGGCGUCGUCAGACCCGCCCUGGCAUUCCUCUGCAACGACCCCCCGACUGCUUCCGACGUGGCCGUGAAUGGCAGCGCCAGCAUACGCGACAAGCUGUCGAUGAAGUCGAUUGGCUUGUUUUUGGAGACGUGGGAUACGCUGAAUGUGUACUGCGAAAUUUUCAAGCUCGACUCGUUUACGUUUGACGACUUUGUGGAGGCCAUGUCUGUAGCAUCAGAGGAGACCAAGGUCCAGCUGUUUGAGGAAAUCCACUGUGCGGUGCUCAAGCAAAUUGUGAGUGCCGAGGCAGACGGCGGCAAGGUGAAUGUCCAGCUGCCCGAGCUAGAGGACGAAGAGGAGGACUCUGAGGACUCUGAUGAUGAGGAGGAGACCAAGGAGCCGACCCCGGAAACCGACCGGCCGCCUGCAAGAGCCACACGAAGCAGUCUCGCCAAAGCCGAGGCCGAGAGGCUGCUGGCCGAGGCGCGGGCAGCGGAAAAGGAAAGCCAGAAUGUGGAGCCUGAGAUCAAGCACCGCGCCGAGGACCUCCUUGAAGAGUACGACUGGAUUGAGGAGCUCAGGAAACGCAAUUUUCAGAACGGCGGCUGGGAGAGAAUCGUCGUCGGUCUGCUGCACCAGCUCUCCAAGAAUGAGAGGAUGGAGGAGCAGUGCGAGAAUUUGCUCGCCCAGCUGUGUCCCCCCGACGAGGAUCCCACCCAAGAGACGGUGCAGGAGCACUAUGCUCGACUCGACGUCAACUACCGUGUGCAGGCGUUGCAGAUCAUCUGCAUGCUCACAACGCAGACCAAGGCGAUGCGUACCUACAUGGAGGAAUGCAGCGAGCAAAUGACGGCGUUCCGCAAGGAAAAGAUUGACUGGCAGCGGCAGAGGAAGCAGGCCAUCGAGGAACUGCGUGCUCUCAACGACCAGCGCAAGAUCAUGCUCCCCGACAACAUGCCGCCGUCGCCACCUCCCGAGCCAAAGGCAGACGAGGACGUCAAGAUGACGGACGCAGACGAGUCGGCAGCCGACGCCGCCGACGCCGAGGACGAAGUGGCCGACUCUGACGAGGAGGGAGCACCCCGCAGGAACUUCCGCCGCGCCAACGACCGCGCCGCGGAGAGGCAACGCAAGCGUAAGGAGGAGCUCGAGCGGAAAGAAAAGGCCGCCGAAGCCGCAAAGGCACCCAAGCAGUCGAAGCAGUUCAUCAAGGUCCUCAAGGAUAUCCAGAAGAAGGAGGAUUUUAUCAAAAAGUGCGAAGACGAGAUCGCUGUGAUCGACAACGACCUCCGCGAAGCCGACUGUGGCCGGACCCGUGUCUUGGGUAAGGACCGAUUCUGGAACCGGUACUACUGGUUCGAACGCAACGGCAUGCCGUACGGGGGGCUCCCGGACAGCUCAACCGCUGCCGCCGAGUACGCCAACGGUUGCAUAUGGGUGCAAGGCCCCGACGAGCUGGAGCGCCAGGGGUACAUUGACACCGAUCCCGAGUACCAGGCGGAGUACCAGACCAAGUUUUCCAUGACGGUGCCGGAGCGGAAGAAGCUGGAAGAGGGUCCCACCAGCGUCUUCAACGCCCAUCAGUGGGGCUACUAUAGCGAGCCGGAGCAGGUCGACGAGCUCCUCAAGUGGCUGGAUCCGCGGGGCUUCAACGAGUUGCGACUUCGGAAAGAAAUCGUGGCGUUCCGGGACAAGAUUGUGCAGCACAUGGAGAACCGCAAGACGUACCUCACCUCCGCGGAGUCCGAGGAGCAGCAACAGCAGGAGGAGGAGAAGGAAGAGAAGGAGAAGAAGGGCAAGAGGCGCGAUUCCAAGCGCAUGAGCACCAGAGGCCGCCAGCACGAGCCGACGCCCGAACCCACAAACUACCGCUGCCUCGCGUGGGAGAAUUCCACGGCCAUGGAGGAGCUCGGCCAUCUCCACUCGGAGCCUCCGCCGCCUCCGAGACCAAAGAAGCAGACCGCCAAGAAGCGACAGGCCGUGGAGCCGUCGCCCGAACCCGCGCCCGCGCCCAAGACGAGGCGGCGCAAAUAG